AUGAAAUAUAUAGCAAUAUUCAUUUAUUUAUUAUUAAUUUUAAUUAUUCGUAUUGAUCAACAACAAGCUAUUCCUCAUAAUUUUUUGUCUAGAAGAUAUUUUCAAUCUUAUCCAUUAUCAUUGGAUGAUACAAAUAAUGAUAUUGAACAAACACAAUACGAACGUCUUAAUGAACGUGAUUUUAGAAAUUUUCUUAAUGAUCCAUCACUAUUUCAACAACAACGACGUUUUGGUAAUACUAAAUAUGGUCGCAGUUUAUUCAAUAAAUAG